AGGGAUCCUCCCUGCUUCCUUAAUGGCCUUAAAAGACCGAUGUAUCCCCGGAGGAGCAGGCAGACUCCUGGAUUCCUACCAGCAAGAGGUGCAUUUCGAGGAUCAUCUACACACUGUGGAGCUCAAGAUGGUCCUGAGUGGGGCACUUUGCUUCCGAAUGAAAGAUUCAGCCCUGAAGGUGCUUUAUCUGCAUGAUAACCAGCUUCUAGCUGGAGGGCUGCAUGCAGGGCAGGUCAUUAAAGGUGAAGAGAUCAGUGUUGUUCCCAAUCGGUGGCUGGACGCCAGUCUAUUCCCAGUCAUCCUGGGAGUCCAGGGAGGGAGCCAGUGCCUGUCAUGUGGAACAGGGAAGGAACCCACUCUAAAACUAGAGCCAGUGAACAUCAUGGAGCUCUACCUCGGCACCCAGGAGUCCAAGCGCUUCACCUUCUACCGCCAGGACCUGGGGCUCACCUCCAGCUUUGAAUCAGCUGCAUACCCGGGCUGGUUCCUCUGUACAGCGCCCGAAGCUGACCAGCCUGUCACGCUCUCUCAGAUCCCUAAGGACGCCCCCUGGGAUGCCCCCAUCACAGACUUCUAUUUCCAGCAGUGUGAUUAGGGCGACUUGACCCCUAACACUCCCUGGGCAGAGUCAGCUCUGGCUAGGCCAAGCCUCACAGGGGGUGACCCACAACCCCUGCUCUUGGGACUCUUACAUCUGACUUAGAGGACAUAGUCUCUUGCUUUUCUCCUGCCCUUGUGUUUUGAUAAAUUCUUCUGAGAUUUGGGGCUCUGUCCACAGAUUCCUUCACCAUUGGGCAGUAUUACUGAGAGAAAACCUGGUGAAAACCACAUGGGUAAACUGGGGGCAACAUUAAAACUAAUAGAGAGGAGAUGGGUGGGAAUCUUUCAUGCUGGAUGCUGCCUGACCCAAUGCAUGGAUUCCACCUGGAGUUCCAGGCAUUCCCCCUGAGGAGAGGGAGGUGAUCAUGCAGUUAAGCACCCCUUAACCCUACCAUCAUCUGUGGCCUCCUCCAUCUCCGCCUCAUUUUUUGGCUCUGUGGAGAGAGGGUGGGGUGUCAGAGAAAAUGGUUCCAGCUCAGAAGACAGAAGACGGGCAUGCAUGCCAUCUGUUUUUGAAACCCAAGGCAUGAGGAAAAUCUCAGAUCCUAGUCUCUACUCGCAUGGAAAGAUGUUUAGGACAUAUUAAGUGAGAAGAGUGUGUACAUGUGUGUGUACAUGAGUGUGUACAAAGUAACAUGUCUUGAAAUUUCAUUUUAAGUUUUUAAAAAAUGCCUAUUGGUAUAUUUAUCCAUACAAAUACUCUGGAAGACUGCACAUCAUUUGUGGGAAUGUUUGGGUGGCAGGACUAUAGAAUACUUUUACUUUUUAUUCUUUUUAUUUAUCUGUAGUCUUAAUUUUUCUAAAAUGAAGAUGGACUACUUAUGCAAUAAUCAGAAAAGAAAGUAAUCUUGAGGUAAGCGGAGCAGCCAUAAUUUCUCACUGUCCUCAGUUUCCACCUCCCUGGAGUGAAAUGCAAACUCAGUCUAACUUGGCUGGUCCAGGUGGAAGGAGCAGGGAUCAGGAAAGAGAUCACGACAAAGUCACUGUAGCUGGAGUCACAUGGGUAAAGGGUUUAUGGAAAAAGGGAAAGCCAACCAAACAAAAACAAAUAUAAUUUUAAAACACUUGUACUUUGCCCUGGAAUGAUCACAGCAUCCCCUAGGAUUGCAGGUGUGGGAUCCAGCAUCCAAGAGGCCCACUGUACGCACUGAACAAUGUUCUUCCCAAAAUUCAUGUCCUUCCUGGCACCUCAGACUGGGAACUUACUUGGAGAUAGCGCUUUUGCAGAUGCCAUUAGUUAAGACUGAGACAUGCUGGAUUAGGGUGGACCUAAGUCCCACAGACGAGUGUCCUUAUAAGAAGAGGACACAGAGACACAGAAGAGGCACAGGAAAGACGCCUACAUGAAGACAGAGGCAGUGGUUGGAGUUACGCUACCCUAAACCAAAGGGCAGCAAGGAUUGCGGCAACCAUCAGAAACAAGGAAGAAUUCUUCCUAAUGCCUUCAGAGGAAGCGCAGCCCUGCUGACACCUUGAUUUGGGGCUUCUAAUUUCCUGAGUUAUGAGAGAAUAAAUUGUUGUUGUAAGCCAA